UGGUAGGUUGGGGGGGGGGGGCGGGUGAGAGAGAGCGCGAGCAGCAACUGCACCGGUUGUGAUACCCCCUCCCUCCUCCGUGUGUUGUUAGAUAGGAAGCGCAGAAAGCUCCUCCUGUGAGAUGGAGGGGGGGGGGAAGGAGAGAGACUAGGAUAGCCUCCGCCUCAAAGCAAAGUGCAGAGCAGCGACCUUCCCUUCUUUCUCUCCCUUGUACCCUCCUCAAAUCCCGUCCCCCACUCCUCCUCCUCCCCUCCACUGGUGGGUGAAGGAAGGUCAUGAGGGAGCAGAGCGGGACGCGAGCGAAAACAUCCCGCGCGGGAAAGGAGGGCUUCAGGAUUUUAUUCUUCUUCUUCCUUCCUUCCUCCCUCCCCCGGGUCCGCCUCCCGCUGCUUUCCUCCUGUGGGGAAGACCGGUGGACCUGAGGCGGUCGCAAACUGACACGCCGGCCGGCUGGGGGAGAAGGUUGUCUCUCUGUGUGCGUGUUGGUAUUUUGGGAACACGCGCAAGCUCCAGCUGAGGCUGGUCGUAGCGGCAGCGCUAGGACGGGGCUCCCUCUCGGCACCAACACGUACCUUUCCCUUUUUUGGGCAGGGGAGAAGCUGGCAGGUUGCUGGAGCCUGACCUCUCGCCCCCUUCCACACGUGUCGUUGCCCCGCGCUCCUGCUGCUUACAGACAAGUUGGAUUAAGUGCCGCCUUCUGAAAAUGUUCUGUGCUGCAUCCUCACAUAUAUUCAAUCAUAAACUUAAAUCGUCUCAGAAGGACAAGGUCCGCCAGUUUAUGGCAUUUACCCAGGCUGGUGAAAGGACUGCUAUAUACUGUUUAAUGCAGAAUGAGUGGAAACUAGAAGUGGCAACAGACAACUACUUCCAGAACCCAGACUUGUACUACAAAGAAUCCAUGAAAAAUUCAAUAGACAGAAAGAAAUUAGAACAAUUGUAUAACAGGUACAAAGACCCACAGGAUGAAAAUAAAAUUGGCAUUGAUGGUAUUCAGCAGUUUUGUGAUGAUUUAAGCUUGGACCCUGCCAGUAUCAGCGUUUUGGUCAUAGCAUGGAAAUUCAGGGCAGCCACUCAGUGUGAAUUCAGUAAGAAAGAAUUUGUAGAUGGCAUGACAGAACUGGGGUGUGAUACUACAGACAAGUUAAAAGCUCUUUUGCCAAGACUGGAACAAGAAUUAAAGGACCCAAUGAAAUUUAAAGAUUUUUAUCAGUUUACAUUUAAUUUUGCAAAGAAUCCUGGACAGAAAGGUUUAGAUCUAGAAAUGGCAAUUGCAUAUUGGAAUUUAGUCUUAUCAGGAAGAUUUAAAUUUCUAGAUCUUUGGAAUAAAUUUUUAUUGGAACAUCAUAAAAGAUCAAUCCCUAAAGAUACUUGGAAUCUUCUUUUAGAUUUUGGAAAUAUGAUCGCAGAUGAUAUGUCAAACUACGAUGAAGAAGGAGCGUGGCCAGUUCUAAUAGAUGACUUUGUGGAAUAUGCACGACCAGUAGUUACAGGAGGAAAGCGUAAAGCUUCCUAACCAUAGACUCUCCUUAGUGGACUUAAGUUUGCAGUUUGUACUGCAUCAGGUAAUGAAGACAUUUUGGCCAAUAACUGUGCACACUGUUCAGUAGUCGUGGUGGGAUGCCACUGACAGAAUGGAAAUCACUACUUCUGCUUCAAAGAAAAUGAUGGCUGACUCAUGGACUCUGCAAGAAGGAAGUCCGAAGAUAGCCCAGGCUGUUUGUAGGAUAUUGGCUUCAAUUAUUGUACUGGUUGUAUCAUAUAGGAUGUAGAUUUUGCAUGAUUUUAUACUUUGAAGAAGUUUAACUAGAGGCCAUUUUAGUAAAGUUUUGACAGCACAGCAUGCCAUUCAGUUCAUAACCCAGGGUGAACACCAGCAGUUACAUAAUUACAACUGUAUUAUAUUGUACUUAUAUUAAAAGCAGUAUUUGUGGUAUAUAAAUUAAAUCCCUAAAUAAAA